GGUAAAAAGUUUGAUUGAUACAAGUGAGUGAGUCACAAUUUACUACCUAACAAUCGUGUUUAUCUCGUUUUGAGUGAUAAUAUCAAGAAUUCAUUCCUACUGUGCUUAGUUUGAAUUUGAAGAAAGGCUCAGGUUGCCAUUGGCUGGAAAAAUGGAGUGGUUAUUUGGUCGUAAGAUGACGCCCGACGAGAUGUUGCGGAAGAACCAGCGGGCCUUGACGAAGGCCAUGCGCGAACUCGACCGAGAACGCGCCAAGAUGGAACAACAGGAGAAAAAAAUCAUUGCUGAUAUCAAGAAAAUGGCUAAGGCCGGUCAAAUGGACGCCGUCAAAAUCAUGGCCAAGGACUUGGUGCGGACUCGGCGUUAUGUGAAAAAGUUCAUGUUGAUGCGAGCCAAUAUUCAGGCGGUGUCCUUGAAAAUUCAGACUUUGAAGAGCCAGAAUUCCAUGGCCCAAGCCAUGAAGGGCGUGACAAAGGCCAUGCAAAACAUGAACAAGCAGAUGAAGCUGCCCGAGAUCCAGAAGAUCAUGAUGGAAUUCGAGAAACAAUCUGAAAUGAUGGAUAUGAAAGAGGAGAUGAUGUCCGACGUAAUUGAUGAUGCUAUGGGCGACGAAGACGACGAAGAGGAAUCCGAUGCCGUGGUGAACCAAGUGCUGGAUGAACUCGGCCUUCAGCUGACAGAUGAUCUGGCUAACAUGAGCGUGCCUUCCGGGUCUCUGACUGUCAAAACCCCCGGCGGGAAACAGGCCGUAGCCGCAGGCCCCGCAGCUCCUGCAGGGGGAGGAGGAGGAGGAGGUGGUGGCGGGGCCACUGAUGCGGAUGCAGACUUACAGGCUAGACUAGAUGAUUUGCGUCGAGAAUGACCGACAAGGCACGUGAUGAAAAGACUAUUGCAUUGAUUCCAAAUUCACUGUAUCAGGCUUACCCAUAUUGUAAUAAUGAAUACUUUUGAAACAUUUACUAAACACUUAAUUGUCCAAAACACGGCUGAAGAUGUCAUACCAAAUAUAAAUCGUAUCUAUAAAAGAUAAAAAGUACAUAGCGGAAACAUUUUU